AUGAGACAAGAUGAAAAACCCAAAUCUACAAUAAAACGUAUUAUCAUGAUGCGAUUGAACGUCGUUGGCUUAUUUAUCGUUAUUCUGGUCAUUGUGAGCAUGGUAUCUGCUGAUAUUUGUGGACCGCCAUCAGGCACAUGUGCUACUCAAGGAGUAGCUGGUUGUAUUGAACGAUGUAAAAUAUGUGGUUAUACAACUGGCUAUUGUAAAACAGUUCUGUUAUUCUUCCCAACUUGUAAAUGCGACAUCUGA